GGCCGCCGGAACGGGUCGGGGACGGGAAAGCCGGACAGGACGGGGAGGGACCGGCCGGCUCUGGGAGUGGCUCUGCUGGUCAGACUCGUCAGCGCGGCGCUUCGUGGGACUGAAGAUCUAUUAUUUGCAAGACACCAGAUUAAAGACUUGGAUAACUAGAGAUGUCCAGCACAUACGAUGAUUCUCUUGGACUAGAAGUUUCUAGUGAUAGCUUCUGGGAGGUUGGAAAUUACAAGCGGACGGUGAAACGCAUUGAAGAUGGACAUAGACUGUGCAGUGAUCUUAUGAAUUGCAUUCAUGAGCGUGCAAGAAUAGAGAAGGCUUAUGCUCAGCAGCUAACAGAAUGGGCAAAAAGGUGGAAGCAACUUGUGGAGAAAGGUCCUCAGUAUGGGACAGCUGAAAAGGCUUGGCAAGCAUUUAUGCUUGAAGCUGAAAAAGUAAGUGAGCUACACCUUGAUGUAAAAGGUGCCCUAAUGAACGAAGACUUUGAAAAGAUUAAAAACUGGCAAAAGGAAGCCUUUCAUAAGCAAAUGAUGGCCGGAUUUAAGGAGACAAAAGAAGCAGAAGAUGGCUUUAGGAAAGCCCAGAAACCCUGGGCCAAAAAGCUGAAAGAGGUGGAAGCUUCCAAGAAAGCAUACCAUGCAGCGUGCAAAGAAGAAAAACUUGCAGUAUCCAGAGAGGCUAACAGUAAAGCUGACCCAACCCUGAAUCCAGAACAGCUAAAGAAAUUGCAAGACAAAGUGGAUAAAAGUAAACAGGAUGUGCUGAAGACAAAAGAAAAGUAUGAAAAAUCUCUUAAAGAGCUGGACAAUGCUACACCACAGUAUAUGGAAAACAUGGAGCUGGUUUUUGAACAAUGUCAGCAGUUUGAAGAGAAACGCCUCCGUUUUUUCCGAGAAGUGCUGCUGGAAGUCCAGAAACAUCUGGACUUAUCUACUACUGGAAGCUACCAAAAUAUUUAUGCUGAACUGGAGCAGAACAUCAAAGGAGCUGAUGCUGUUGAAGAUCUGAGGUGGUUCAGGGCCAAUCAUGGUCCAGGCAUGUCGAUGAACUGGCCCCAGUUUGAAGAAUGGUCAGCUGACCUGAACCGUACUCUCAGUAGAAGAGAGAAGAAAAAGGCUGCAGAUGGAGUGACCCUGACUGGCAUUAACCAGACAGGAGACCAGCCCAACAAAAACAGCAGCAUCCUUAGUGUCCCGAGUAACACAGUGCAGGCAGUACAGUCAAGUUACAAUCCCUUUGAAGAUGAAGAGGAUACUGGAAGUACUAUCAGUGAAAAGGAGGACAAUAAAAUCAAAAAUGUUAGCAGCUCUGAGAGAAACCAAAGUUAUCCCACAGAGUGGUCUGAUGAAGAGACCAGCAAUCCAUUUUCGUCCAGUGAUGCACAAGGAGAAACAAAUCCCUUUGAUGAGGAGGAGGCCUCACUUACCAUGGAGGUGCGAGUUCGAGCCCUGUAUGAUUAUGAGGGUCAAGAGCAUGAUGAGCUCAGCUUUAAGACUGGGGAAGAGCUAACAAAAAUAGAAGAUGAAGAUGAACAAGGCUGGUGCAAAGGACGUCUGGAUAAUGGACAAGUUGGUCUAUAUCCAGCAAACUAUGUGGAACCAAUACAGUGACAAUUUAUGUUUAGAAGCACUGCAGAAAUUGUUGGUCUGUACAAUAUUUGUGACUUACAGUGAGGGGGAAACCAAAAAGUGUGUAUAUUUCUUGUAAUGCAAUUGAAUGAUGGACUGAGUUCUUGUCCCCAGAGAAAUCAUUUAACAAAAUAAAGCAAAAAUAGAAAGGGGAAAUGUUGUGCCACUUAUGCAUAGCACAAACAACCAGGACCGAGUGAAAAAAAUUGUACAGCAAAGAAAGGACUUCUUAGUGCUUGCUGCCAAUUUCCUCCAUCAUGACUUCUGUUUCAAAUUUGCUGAAUCAGUGCUUCAACUAGCAUUCUUUGUUGUGGCCUUAUAUUGACUGUGGUUUAAUCAGUUAUUUUAAAUGACCUUCAUUUAUUUGCAACAUGAUUUUUUAUUGCAGUUAAUUUUGUAACUGUUCCUAGGAAAAUUUGAAAGAUGGAACUUUUAAAAUGUAAAGUCUAUAUGCCAUCUUCUCAUGCCUGCGUAAUCAUUUAUUACUACUUCAAUUAUGACUCAGAGGUAUCAGCCAAAACUCCUUCAAUGUGGAAUUUUUUUCUAUACUGUAUGUCUUUCCAUGCUAUUUGCACCAGACAGUGUCUUCAAGUACUGUAUUAAGUAUCUUUUGCAGAACAUUGUAACAGUCUUGUUAAUGCUGCCAACCCAUUUUGAUACCUGACAUAUUAAUUUCCGGAAUGAUGAGCUUGGGGAGAUUUCCGAAAACCAAAAAAUUAAGCCAGUUUCCAUCAAAUUGUUGCUGAGAAAUUUCUGCUUUGCCAAUUGUUAAUUAUUGUGUGAUUUGGAAAGUUAAAUAUAUAUUAUUUUUUCAAGCAAAGAGACUGUAAUAUAGAUUGAUGCCUUUUAUUAAGAUAUUCUUCAUUUGUGUAUAUGUAUAUAUGAUUUGACAGAAAUGUAAAGAGCAUGUCAUAACUAGCAAGCCUUUUAUUGAUUAAGAGUUAGAUUGAUAUGCUGGUGUGAAGCUGCACACUAAAUGGGAGUUUGCUAUUGACUUCAAUGGGCUAUGGAUUGCCUCCUUAGAUUAAGCAAAGCAGGUUCAAUUAUAGACUUAUUUAAAGUGGCUUUGUUGGUGCAUUCUCCUUUGGCUCUAAGAUAGACCAGUAGCUCAUUUCAGUGCACAAACAGAACAGCACUAGGAAGGAUCCCUUUGGGCAUAAUGGAAACCCAGUCUCUGUGGGUGAAUUAUUGUAGCAGAACACUGUAAAAUCCUUCUACUACUUGUUUGCAAUGGCAAACCAGCUAUAAAAGUAUCAAGCUGUAUACCCUGAUAUAGCUAAAUUGUGAACGUGUAAGAAUAAAUUGCUUUAUAGAAAAUCUAAAUAUCAGAUAAGUAGAUAUGCUGUUUUAGGAAACU